CGACACGUUUUUCAUUCAAUUUAAUUCAUCGUAUUAUGAAUUUUAGCUUUUUCAUACCUCUUGUUGAGCUUAAUCAAAAGGACAAAUAGUAAGAUGUUUUCAGAAACUGUAUCAUUUAUUCUCAUUUUCUUGUGUUUAUCUGGGUGCGUUUUGUGUAUUACUGAAGAGGACGAGGGUGUGAAAUACGCAAAUCGAUGCGAAGUGUGCAAAAUUUUGGCAACCGAAUUAGAAGAACGACUGGAAGAAACCGGAAAAUCGCACGACGUAAUAGAAACAGGUUAUGCAGUGGAUGAUGUAAAGCCAAAAAAGAAAAAGGAGUACAAAAAAUCCGAAUUGCGUUUGGUAGAAUCACUCGAAGGUGUCUGCGAUCGAAUACUUAAGUACAAUAUUCACAAAGAACGCGAGGAUAGUACGAGGUUCGCGAAAGGGAUGAGCCAAACCUUCCAAACACUUCAUGGGUUAGUCGACAAGGGUGUUAAAGUGGAGCUGGGCAUUCCAUAUGAAUUGUGGGAUAACCCCAGUGUUGAAAUUACUCAAAUGAAAUCGCAGUGUGAAACCUUAUUGGAACAAAAUGAUGGAAUUAUUGAAGACUGGUAUUUUAAUCAUCAGGGUAAAGAAACCUUAAAGAAGUACUUAUGCGAGGACAGAGUUUUGGACAAGAAUGAUGUUAAGUGUUUAUAUGAGAAACUUAAGGGCGAAAAAGGUGAUAAAAAGAAAUCUAAAAGCAAGAAGUCCAAAGAAGAACUGUGAUCAUUAACUAUAAUUAUUGUGUUUUUGUAUAUUUUGAAUAAAACUAAUUCUAAGUAAACAA